AUGGAGAGCCAUGAAGAGAAGCUGUUCAAACUCGUCAUGCAAAGCAAAAUAAAUGAAACUAGGGAUCGCAUGAGGCAACGAGUUACUGAGAUUGAGAAAAGCAAGAUUGGUAGAGGCAAGACUGAAAACGGAUUUGGCCCCCAGAGGACUACAAAUGUUGUUAAUGACAUGAACACCAGAGGGAGUGGUCUAGGGGGUGAUCCUAUAUUUGGGGAGUUGUUUGCUCAAAAGGCCAAAGCUCAUCCUUCUGCUUCUACUCCUGCUACUAGUAAAGUGUCUGGUGGUAUGAAAUUGGGCAAGGCACAGAAGACAAAUCAGUUCCUUGAAUCAUUGAAAGCUGAAGGGGAACUCAUUUCUGAGGACACUCAGCAAAGUGGAAUUCAGUCAAGGCUGCCAUCUGCCCCACCAAGUGAUCCUAUCACAGUGGCAAUUGAAGAAAAGAUCAAUGCCACUGUUAAAAGGGAUGGUGGAAUUCAUAAUUUUGAUAUUCAAGGAACCCUUGCUCUCCAAGUUCUGAAUGACAACAACGGUCUUAUCCAGUUGCAGGUUAUUUUCUAUAUCUUUUGGGGGACCUUUUCCAUUUCAUCAUAUUGCAAUAUAUCAUUCAAUCUGCUCCUGGAAGAUUUGUCAUAG